GCUCGCGGCCCUGGCAUUAUCAGGCGGGUCUCUUACGUGUGGCGAACAUAUCUCGAAUCACAAAAAAACGUUGUCAUCUUCUGUAUAUAACGUGAGGCGCAUCGCCCACAUCAAUUCAUUCUAUAGAACAGAACUGCCGGAGUGCUGGAACCAUGAAGUCGUUACUGGCAGUAGUACUGGUGGGCAUGUGCUCAGCUGCGGUUGUCCACGCUCAGCAGGGAACCCCCUGCGCACCAGAAAUAUCUGAAAACUGCCCUGCUACUGAUCCAGAAGAUCCUGUAUACCUGGAUGAGCCCACCAACUGUAAGGAAUAUUGCGUGUGUUCCGGUGGAGUCGCUUACCUCUUCGAGUGCGGACCAGACACACUCUUCAACGACGUGGACGACGUCUGUGACUGGGCUGAGACUGUGGACUGUGGCGACCGUCCCACUCCCGAGCCCGAGUCCACCACCUCCCCGCCAGUCACUGAAUAGAAGAUACGACCGAUAGUGUCAUAAGACUGAAAGAAACUGCCUAUUGGCUUAUGUGAGGCAGCUUCUAUUUAUAUUUUGUCUAACUCAUCCAUAUAUAUGUGUGAAACUUUGGCAUGAAUAUAUU